AUGCAAGAAGAAAAACAGAAAAGAGCAUUUUCAUUAGAAAGUGAUGAUAGUGAUGAUGAUUUGAAUGAUUUGGAUGAUGAAUUAUCGCAUUUCGAAGAUGUAAGCCAUCUCACAUCAUUUUUGAAAUCAGUUUCACCUACCGAAAAAUUAAACAAUAAUUCAGUGCCUGUGGUCGAUCCGUAUUUAUCUAAUGACAUUCGAUCUGCAGUUGAUGUUUCAUCACAUUUAUCUUCCGACGAACUAACAUCUCUCCCACUCUUCAAUGACUCAAUUCGCUGGUAUAUUGGAGUUCCUUCACUGUUUGAAACGACUACAGAUUUGUCACCGUACUAUCUAUCGAUUGAUCCAACCGCCAAUCAAUCAAGUACGACUCCUUAUGCACCAGACAAAUUGUUCGUUGGAAAUGUCUCUUAUAGUGCUGGUUGGCGUGAUCUAAGAGCUCUGUUUACCAAACUUAACUACAAUGUUAUGCGUGUCGAUCUGCCAAAUAGUCAGAAAACGACAGGACAUCGUGGUUGUGCCUUUGUGAAAUUUGACUCCGAAUCUACUGCUGAAAAAGUACUCUUAAAAGGAGAGAAGAUUAGUCCAGUUUUAAUCAACGAUUCGAUCGUUGGCUUACUCGUUGAAGUGAAACAACCACCGUUAAUUCUGCAUAGUUAUUCGAAUCCUCUUAGCAGUGAAGUAUACGAUACACAUAUGCCUGGAACUCCGCUCAUUGGACAUGCAAAUGCAUGGCUUUUUCGACUGGCUGGUCAAAAGUUUGCGGAUGACUACAUUAAAUUAUUUCAAUUUCUUCGUCGUUUCAAUCUGACACCACGACGUUUCUUUGAACAUCAUAUUCUUCAUAUGAUUAAAUCACUUCGAAAUGCGAGAGAAUACCUUCGACAUGUACAAUUGUUAUCUAAUGAACAAUGGAUUAAGGAAAAUUGCGAGAUCGUAUCACGUUUUCUUGAUUAUCGUUGGCCACAAUAUCCAUUUGAAACCAAAUAUGAAAUAAUGAAAUUACUUUCCAAACAUAUAAUUACUAUUCAUGAUUUGAUUAUUGAUGAACAGCUUGAUAAAAUAUUAGCACAAUGCUCAUUAAACACAUUUAUCGCAUGCACAGAUAAAAUUGUUGAGUUUGCUCCUCGUUGGCUUCAUGAAACUUGUGAUCAUGAAGAUGGAAAUUGGGAUGAAGAUGAACAAGCAAAACGAGGAGAAGAUCAAUCAACAGUGACUAGAAUAGCAGAAAAUGAGUGUAUCGAUAGCGACGAUGUACCAUCUGUUAUCAUUCAUUCAGCUAUUGGUACAUCAAUCGACGCGACGAAUACUGAACAAAUAUUUUUAACAAAUAACAUCAAUCGACUUAAUGUUUUAGUUCAAAAACAUCGUCUGGGUUAUCUCAGCCGUUUUCUUAUCUUAGCACUUAAACAACUACAAAAUAAACAUGAACUUCGUCAGACGACCGAUGGUGGAAUAUUUGUUACUAAACAUGAAUUGCAUACGAUACAUUCUAGUUCAUCUUUCAUCCGAAAAGUAUAUAUAACACCAUCCACAAUUCUUUAUGAAGGACCAUAUCGUGAAGAAAAAUGUCUCGUAACACGUCAUUUCGAAAAACAACAAGAUAGAUUUUUACGUGUCAGUUUUCGUGAUGAAGAUUAUCGAAAAUUACAAUAUACGAAUGCCGAUAUGAGUAAAUUGUACGAUCGUAUCAAAGCAAUAUUAAUUAAUGGAAUUGGUAUAUGCGAUAGAUGCUAUGAAUUUCUUGCGUUUUCAAGUUCACAGUUGCGAGAACAUUGCUGUUGGAUGUUUUCAUCCGUGAACAAUGUUUCAGCUAGUAUUAUUCGUUUUUGGAUGGGUGACUUUCAAAAUAUUCGUCCAGUAGCGAAGAUGGCUGCUCGCUUAGGUCAAUCGUUCUCGACAACUAGAAAAGGUCUUGAAUUGUCUCGUCAUCAAUAUAGAGAAAUAUCUGAUGUAAAAUCCGGCAAAUCAUGUUUUACUGAUGGUAUUGGUAUUAUUUCUUCGUGGCUUGUAAAAGAGUUGUGUAAAGAAUUACACAUUGAUCAUGACGCCUAUCAUCCUUGUGCCUUUCAAAUUCGUUUCGGCGGUUACAAAGGAAUGGUCUGCUUGGAUGUCGCUAAGCAUAUUGAUGAACCUGACGUUGGUUUAUAUCUUCGUCCAUCAAUGAAUAAAUUCGAUUCCAAUAAUCGUUCUAUCGAUAUUGUUCAUGUUUCAUCAAUGCCAUCGGUCGGUUUUUUAAAUCGUCAAAUCAUUCUGUUGCUAUCAUCACUAGAUAUCAAAGAUGAAAUCUUUUAUUCAAUGCAAGAACAAAUGCUUGACCAUUUGAGAGUACUUACUGUCGAUCAUCGAAAAGCCCGUGAAUUUUUAAAACAAUUCGGUGCAUCCAGUGGCAAUGGAUAUCAUGGCUUUUUGUUGGAAUAUCUGAAAAGGUUUGGCAAUCGCAUUGAUCCAUUUGCUCGACAGAUACUAAUCGCUGUUCAAGCAUUUCAUGUUAAAGAGUUGCGAACAAAAACACGUAUUCUCGUUCCUAAUACCUGGUCUCUUUUUGGCGUUGUUGAUGAGACAGGAACACUUCGAUACGGAGAAGUUUUUAUUCGAAUUGAGCGAAAACCUGAAAGUGGUGAUGCUUCCUCCAAAAUUAUAACUGGGCCAGUCAUCGUUACUAGAAAUCCUUGUUUUCAUCCAGGAGAUAUUCGUCGUUUGAAUGCUGUUAAUGUACCUGCUCUGCAUGACUUAAAAAAUGUCAUUGUAUUUCCGAUGAAUGGUGAACAAUCACAUCCAGCCGAAAUGUCUGGUGGUGACCUUGAUGGUGAUAUAUUUUGGGUAUCACAUGAACAACGAUUACUAUUCGAAAAUAAUGAAAAACCAUUCGAUUAUCAUGAUCAAGCUACAGAAGAUGCUAUGCAAAUGCAAUUGGAUACAAAUAUUACCUUUGAUAUAAAUGAUAUCUGCAAAUUUUUUGCUGAAUAUAUCGAAGCCGAUAAUCUUGGUAUGAUUGCAAAUAGCCAUUUGGCUUUUGCUGAUCAAUCACUAUUUCAAGCUAAAGCAAAAGCAUGUCUUCAACUGGCUAGAAUGCACAGUACGGCUGUUGAUUUUGCCAAGAAUGGUGUUAGUGCACAACGUCUAACGUCUGAACUUCGUCCUUCUAAAUAUCCUCAUUUUAUGGAAAAUAGACAAAAACCAAGUUAUCAUUCACAGACAAUUCUUGGUCAACUUUAUGACGAAGUAAAACGGUUUGAAAUCGAUCUGAAUGAAAAUAAAGGACAGAAUAUUGUUAAUACAUCUUCUUUUCCUUAUUACGCGUUGGUUGUUGAUGGAUCGAAUGCUUUUAUGACAGCUGCUUCUACAACGAAGAAUGAGUACGACUUAGAACUGAAACGAAUUAUGCGACAAUAUGGAAUUCAAAGUGAAGCUGAACUCGUUUCCGGAUAUGUUUUAAAAUUUACUACGAAACAAUAUUUAAAACAGGCGAAUACAUUUGAAUUAAGAAACGAAAUAAUGCAUGCAGUGAAAAUCAUUCAGGAUAAGUAA